AUGCAUUCUGAUAGAGGUUGGAUGUAUGCAAGACUAAAAGAUGGUCUACUAAAUCCUUUAUUCCUUGAAGGAUUAAAUGAAUUCAUAUCAGCUGCCAAACAGUUUCCAGACUGUUUGAAUGGAGAACUAAUUAGGUGUCCAUGUAAUCGAUUUAAGUGCCAAAAUUGCAGUUUUGAAGAUGAGAGUACAGUUAGGUUUCAUCUGAUGAAAUAUGGGUUUGUUAGGGACUAUUACGUAUGGUAUUUGCAUGGAGAAAUGCAAACCUACAAUGAGGUCCACGGGAGAAGUAAUGAUUCGACUUACAACACUUGCAAUGUGGAAUAUCAACAUACUGAGUUCUCUAAUGCUUAUGAACAACUUGUUGUAGAUGCAGCAGGACCUAGUUUCUCCCCAUCAAUAAGUACUGAGCCUCCAAACCAAUCUACUCAAAGAUUGUAUGACAUGUUGGCCGCUGCAAAUAAGGAAUUGUGGCCAGGUUGUGAAAAUCAUUCACAACUGUCAGCUGUGGCAAGGAUAUUGAAUAUCAAAUCUGAACAUCAUUUGUCCGAACGUUGUUUUGACAAUAUUUGCCAAUUCAUCAAAGAAAUUUUAUCUACUGAUAAUUUAUUUACUGAUAAUUUCUACUCUACAAAAAAAUUGCUUGAAGGCUUGGGAUUACCAAUUCAGAAGAUUCAUACUUGCUUAAAUGGUUGUAUAAUUUAUUGGGGUGAGGAUAAUGAAUUGCUCAGGUGCAAGGUGUGUGAUCAUUCGAGGUACAAACGAUUGCAAGAUAGUCAGAGCUCUAGUAAAACCCAAGUUGCUUAUAGUAAAAUGUAUUACAUGCCAAUCACACCUAGACUACAAAGGUUGUACGCAUCUAAUGUUACAGCUAAGGAUAUGACUUGGCAUGCCAAUCAUGGGACUAAUGAUGAUUUAAUGCAUCAUCCAGCUGAUUCACAUGCAUGGAAAGCUUUUGAUAAUAAUUGGCCUCAUUUCAGUGCUGAGAAACGUAAUCAAUAUUCAUCAUGGCCUGUCAUAUUGACACCGUACAAUUUACCCCCAUGGUUAUGCAUGAAAGGUGAGUAUAUGUUUCUCACUAUACUUGUCCCAGGGCCUAGAAAUCCAAAAGAUAAGUUGGAUGUGUAUUUGCAACCCCUAGUAACUGAGUUGAAAGAUUUAUGGGAGAAUGGAGUUGAAACAUAUGAUGCAUUCAAUAAAGAAAAUUUCAACUUGCAAGCUGCUUUCAUGUGGACUAUAAGUGAUUUUCCUGCUUAUUCAAUGUUAUCUGGAUGGAGCACUGCAGGAUGGACUGCUUGUCCUUAUUGCAUGGAAGAUAGAGAUGCAUUCACAUUGACAAUAGGAGGUAAGCAAUCAUGGUUUGAUAAUCAUCGCAAAUUUUUACCUCCUAGCCAUUAUUUUAGAAGAAACAAAACAGCUUUUAGGAAGAAUGUAUCUGUUACUAAGAAAGCUAAACCACCUAUUUCCGGUGAAGAAAUACUGAAACAGAUUAAUGAAUUGGGGUUUAAGAGGGUUAUAGAUGAGGAUGCAUUUGAAAUAAAUUCCUGUCUAUCAAAGCAAUGCGGUUGGCGAAAAAGAAGUAUCUUGUGGGAUUUACCGUAUUGGAAAAGUAAUUUGAUUCGACACAAUCUUGAUGUAAUGCACAUUGAGAAAAAAUUUUUUAAAAAUAUAAUCAACACUGUAAUGAGUGUUGAGGGAAAGACAAAGGAUAAUGCUAAGUCAAGGGCAGACCUCAAUGUGAUCUGCGAUCGACCAGAGUUGUAA